UCUGGUCAUUGAUCAGCUCUCCUUUCUGUGUGCACUUCAGAUUUUUUUUUAUUUUUAGCUGCAUCACACUUUGAAGUCAGUCAGUAGUAGUGAGUUGUGCGUGUGUGUGUGUGUGUGUGUGUGUACUGUAUGUGGAUGAGAACAGAAGUUCUUCGGUUCUUCUGCUGCACUAGAGAAAGGAGCUCCCAGAGGUCAGCAUGAUGUCCUAUGUGAAGCAGCAACAGUUCGGUUUAACGCUGCCGGCUCCGGGGAUGGAGCUUCUGCACCCCACCGCGUCCUUCCCUGCAACUCCGAGAAAGCAGCGUAGAGAGCGAACCACCUUCACCCGCACUCAGCUGGACAUUUUAGAAGCUCUGUUCACGAAGACGCGCUAUCCAGACAUCUUCAUGAGAGAGGAGGUGGCUCUCAAAAUCAACCUGCCUGAGUCCAGAGUACAGGUCUGGUUCAAGAACCGUCGGGCCAAAUGCCGUCAACAGCAACAACAGCAGUCAAGUGGCCAACCCAAGCCUCGCCCUCCCAAGAAAAAGGCCACGCCUCCUCCCCCAGAGAUGCCCUCCGAUCCGUCCAACAUCUCAGUGGCUCCACCUGCUCCUCUUCCACCAUUAACCCUAGGUGCGGCACCAGUGUCUGUAUGGAGCCCAGGCUCUUUGUCACCGCUCCCUGACCCACUGUGUGGUUCGGGUACCGCAUGCAUGCAGCGUCCGUAUGCCAUGAGCUACGGGCCAGUGUCAUCAUCCUACGGUACAGGCUUCAGCACGUCGCCGUACUUCGACUGUGGCCCUUACCUUUCACCUGUUACCUCUCAGGGAGCCCUUUCACCCCUUGCUGUGCCCUCUGUAGGCACCUCGCUGAGCCAAUCACCCUCACUUGCCUCCCAGGGCUACGGUGUCUCCGCCUCGCUCGGCUUCGACUGCCUCGACUACAAGGACCAGCAGGCCUGGAAGCUCGGAUUCAACACCGUCGACUGCCUCGAUCACAAGUUCCAGGUGUUGUAAUGUUCAGUAUAGUUCAGGAACAGAAGGAGAAGCUGGAACAUGAGGGAAGAAGAUACAAGCUGCAAUUGCUGAGAAUUCUCCAGGUAGACUUGAGAACUGAUUCGAGAGGCCAUCCAUUUUGAAAGAGAUGGUAGCUGCUUUUCUGUGAUUGGUUGACACUCUUGAGCACUCAUCAUGAUUAAGAACUUACCUCACAUACGUUCACAGAUUUAUUUCCACACACACACACACACACACACACACACACACGAUCAGAGAGCCGAGUCUUAGUCGAGUCUCUGCCCA